CUGACUUUGGACCAGAUCAGAGCAGAUUGAUUCUAGCUUUAUAUAGCGACAACAUCUCUCUGCUUCUGUGUCUCCCUCUCUUCUCUCUUACCAAUUCUUUCGAGCUCUGUCGUACCUCCAACCAUGAUUGUUUCCGUAAAGUCUUCUUAGAGAUCGGAAGGAAGAGUCGGACAGAGGAAGGGGAGUAAACCAUUCAGCAGAAAAGAUAAAGAAGAAGAAGAAGAAGCUUCUUAGUUGUUGAACGAUGGGAAAUACUUGCAGCUAUGCUAAUAAAGUUGUCAGCCCAGUAAGCAUCGUUUCAGUACCAUCAACAACAACUAAAGCAAGUAACAGCACAGCCACUACUGGGAAGGUUUCAACAUUCAGCAGCAGCACAUUAGAGCCGUCCACAUGUGGUUCAGCAAGCACAGAUGAAACAUUUACGGAUGGACAGAUUUUGGAGACUCCUAACGUACGAAUGUUUACUUUAGCGGAGUUGAAGAAUGCUACGAAGAAUUUUAAAGCGGAGUAUGUUCUCGGAGAAGGAGGAUUUGGAAAGGUUUUUAAGGGAUGGGUCGAUGAGAAGACUCUGGGUCCGGCAAAAAGUGGGGCAAGGAUGGUUGUUGCUGUAAAGAAACUCAACCCCGAAAGUAUGCAAGGUUUUGAGGAGUGGCAAUCAGAAAUUAAUUUUAUGGGAAGGCUUUCUCAUCCUAAUCUUGUCAAGUUGUUUGGCUAUUGCUUGGAGGAAAGAGAUCUGCUCCUUGUUUAUGAGUUCAUGUCAAAAGGAAGCCUUGAAAACCACCUUUUCAGAAGAGGAUCAGCUUUCGAUCCCCUUUCAUGGAGUCUAAGGCUAAAGAUAGCUAUUGGUGCCGCUCGCGGUCUUGCAUUCCUACAUUCUUCAGAGAAACGUGUUAUUUAUCGUGAUUUCAAGGCUUCAAAUAUUCUCCUUGAUGCGAAUUACAAUGCAAAACUUUCUGACUUUGGGCUUGCUAAGGAUGGGCCAGUGGGCAGUAACUCACAUGUUACUACAAGGGUUCUGGGCACAUGUGGAUAUGCAGCUCCUGAGUAUGUUGCGACAGGUCAUCUAUAUGUGAAGAGUGAUGUGUUUGGAUUUGGAGUUGUUUUGUUAGAGAUGCUCUCAGGUCAACGAGCACUCGACACAAAUAGACCAAGUGAUCAACACAACUUAGUAGAUUGGGCGAAACCAAUUUUACUCGAUCGAAAGAAGUUGGCAAGAUUGAUGGACCCCAGACUCGAGGGGAAGUAUCCCUCAAAAGGAGCUGUCCAAGCAGCUCAUCUCACUCUCAGAUGUCUCGCGAAUGAGCCCAAAAGCCGGCCAUCAAUGAUGGAAGUAUUGGAGACUCUGGAAAAUAUUGAAUCCAUGAAAGAGAAGUCAAGGGAGACGAAGAAUGCCACGUCUCACAAUAGGCCUCGUCAUCAUGGCCAGGCUCCUGUUCACCCUCGUUCGCCGUUCGGAGCAAGGCAAGGACCUGGGGCAGGCUCUCCGGCGGUUAGCCGCUCCCCUAGAGGUAGAUAAUGUCAAUUCAUUGCCUGAAUUCAGAUGAAGUUGUCAUUGUAAAGUAGUCGUCAUUUAUCGUUUUGGCAGCGUAGAUCUCUUUAUUUGUUGUUAGUUUGCUUUUGCUGCUUUGAUGUUCUGUUAUCCACGCUGAAAUAACAUUAACUGAACAACACAUUCAUUAUAAAUGGUUGCAUUGUGAAUUGGAGUCAAAUUUGUAGGGUAAGAUGGACAAUACUUUUAUCUAAGGGGCAUUUACAUGCAUACCUACC